AUGCAUAUAUUUAUAUUAAUAGUCGUUAUUGUGGUACUAUUUGAAUAUCUACGAGCAAGUGAGGACGAAUAUCGUCUAUUAAAGGAUUUGAGGCAAAAUUAUGAUCCAUUAGAGCGACCAGUCUCAAAUAGCUCAUUACCUCUGAAUGUUAGCAUGAAAUUAUACCUUCAACAAAUUUUAGAUGUGGAUGAAAAAAAUCAAGUGGUAACUCUCGUCGUAUGGAUUGAAUACACUUGGAAUGAUUAUAAAUUACGAUGGGAUCCUGCAGAAUAUGGUGGUAUUAAAGAUAUUCGCAUUCCAGGUCAAGCAAAUGCUAUUUGGAAACCCGAUAUACUACUUUAUAACAGUGCCGAUGAAAACUUUGAAUCGAUGUAUCCGGUGAAUUAUGUCGUUAGUAAUGACGGGAAUGUUUUACAAGUACCACCGGGAAUAAUGAAAUUAUCAUGUAAAAUCGACAUCACAUGGUUUCCUUUUGACGAUCAAAUGUGUCAUUUAAAAUUUGGUUCGUGGACAUAUAGUGGAAAUUUUAUAGAUCUGCAAAUUUCUACAGUAGAUGGAAAUGGUAGUGCAAGUAUGGACACAAGUUAUUACGUACAAAAUGGGGAAUGGAAUUUAUUAGCAACUCCGGCAUAUUUAGAAAGAUCUGAAUUCGGCAAUGAGCCUUAUUGUGCAAUAUUUUUCUUUUUCGUUAUUCAACGAAGAACCCUAUAUUAUGGAUUGAAUCUAAUUAUUCCAUCUUUACUUAUUUCCUUAAUGACUGUUCUUGGAUUCACUCUUCCACCGGAUGCUGGCGAAAAGAUUACACUUGAGAUAACAAUUCUCUUAUCAGUUUGUUUUUUUUUAAGUAUGGUAGCUGAUAUGACACCACCAACGUCAGAAGCUGUGCCUUUAAUAGGUGCAUUUUUCUCGUGUUGCAUGCUCGUUGUAUCAGCUAGCGUUGUUUUCACUGUUCUUGUACUCAAUUUACACAAUCGUAAGCCUGAAACUCAUGAAAUGAGCCCAUUUUUGCGCAAAUGUCUAUUAAAUUGGUUACCGUGGUUAUUAAUGAUGCGUCGACCAGGUGUUACUUUUUUUUCGGUGCAAUCUUUCAAAGAAGCGGAAAAAGGUGAAAAUAAUCCGCCAUAUUUUGGCACAUUCUAUUUGAACAAUAUACAACCAUCUGAUACUGAAAAUGAUUGGAAAUUUGCUGCGAUGGUUGUCGAUCGAAUGUGUCUUUUCACUUUUACUUUAUUUAUUGUGAUCUCAACUUGUGCAAUAAUGUUUAGUUCACCUCAUCUAGUCGCUUAA